AUGGCGCAGACUUGGUUCCAUGCCAUGACCAGCAGCGGCAGCCUGGAGAUGUACAUGAAGAACCUCGAGUUCCAUGUUUCCAUGGAGGCUGCCAUCAAGGACCAGAUCAAGCACGUUGGCCGAAAGGUUGGUGUGGAUUGGUCUGCGAAGCUGCAGAAGCCAAAGACAAGCAUGGUGGCGUACAGCUUGCUGACGAGCAAGGUUUUUUCCAUCAUUUCUCUGUCUGUGGAGGCUAUGCAGGGCCGAGUCGAGGAUCGCACAGUCAUCCUGACCAAUUCUGGCACCAUGAAGGUGCCACAGCUGGAUUUCAGCGAGUGUAGCUGGGCCAACAUCGAGGUGUCAAAGGUCAAGCUGGACGUGGUGUGCGUUCCGAUCGAUGAUCCGAAGAGUACGGUGUACACAUGGUACAUGGCUGGCUCAGCGGAGACGCGGCGUGUGGAGACUUUGCUCAAGAGGUACAUGCUCAAGGUGUUUGGGCGCAAUGAGGGGCCCGUCGGGAAGUUCAUCCACAUCGAGAAGUCGCCCAUUGCGGCCGUGAUGAUGACAACGUUAACGACCAAGCGCCAGGCUGAGGUGAUGAGCGAGGUGGACACCGAGUCCCGUGCCAAGCGCAUGAAGAAGCUCAGUGCAGACAUGGGCAAUCACAUGGACGAGCUUCGAUGGUUCCUCUACGAGUACGGCGAUGCUCGCAAGGAUGCUGCUGGGAAGGUCGACAACUCUGCCGAGGAAACUGCGCUGCUGCGAGAUGCCAAGACAAUGGUGAAAAUCAUGGAUGAGACGAUGGGCGGAGCCGGCAAUGUGGCAGCAGGCGCGGCGACCCGCGGAGACGGCACGGCGAGCGCGGCGAGCGUGGAGAGCGCGGCGAGCGUGGCAAACGAGUCGGAGAACGGAGCUGAGUGA